CACGCGGGGAGUGGAAGAUCAGUUCACUAAAAGAAAAGACAAGAGGAAAAGUCCAAAUAAAUCUGCUUUUAAAGUGUUGCAGUGAAGAGCAAGAUGGAUGUUGGCGCAGAAGCGAAGCUGAUUAUGGUGCAGGCUCUGAGUAAAGUGUACAGCUCCCGCAAUCAGCGCGGCGGACUGUCUCUGCACCGAAGCCUCCUGCUCACACUGGUCAUGAAGGCUGCCAGGGACGUGUACCAUUCAGCCCGGCUGGUGGAAACACAAGACAGGCAGUCGAUCAGCCCUCCUACAGCGGAGGAAACACAGCCCGAGAAAGAGGAGCCCAUGGAGACGGAGGAGACUUCACUCCAGACUGCGUGUGCGCCCCCGGGUGCGCAAAGGUCUCCGAAACAGGACAGUCCGGUCACUGAUAAAGAGAACUGCAACACGAACGGACAUGAUGGACAGUCCAGAAAGCGCAGAGGGAAGCUCUGCUCUGAACCAGACUUUCUGCCGUGCAAAAAAGCCAAACUGGACUGUGCUGAGGUGAGACGGGUGCUUCUGGACACCGCAGCCCGGAGUAACUCUGGUCAGUGCGCUAGAGAGACAGGCUCUCAUAUCCAGCCAGCCGCACUCAUUCCAAGGACUAUUGCGACAUGCUGAGUGAACUUGUGAAGUUUGUUGCAUUUGUGCGCUUUUUGCGCAUUGUGUGCUUUUUACGCACAGUCCGGUCGCUGGGCCCGAACUGACCCCAGCGCACAGCUGCUACUACAGUGCCAUGCUGGCUGGUGGGUAUUUUGGGCAACACUCGACCCCAGUACCCCCGCCAGGCUUCACAUGAGGUCAUGUGUGCUGUGAAUGGCGUCAUGGAGCAGUAGUGAGUGGAGUAACAGGAGCUGCAGCUGAUUCAUCAGGGAGCGGCUGUUUUGGAAACCCCACAAACUCAGUCAGCAGGAAGUGGCCUGGUGACAGAGACGUGACUCAGGUUCUGAUCUGACUUUCCUACCCACCCUGGGAACAGGAAACAACCACCUUGUGCUCCAUGCUGAAGCACUGUGUACUUUUACAGAUCUGAUCUAGUCUGAGGACUGAACAUCAGAGGAAGGAAAACUGUAAACUGUAAAGUCUGAUAAAACUGGUUUAUUUAUUUACACUGAACUGUUUUGAUCACUGUUAUCUGUGUUCAGUAACUUAUAAGCUGAUAAAUGGUCAUCAAGUCUCAACUACCUCACUUUUGUACAAUAAAACUUGUU